ACUGUAGUGAGUAUGGCAAUGAUGACGUUUUCCGAAAACUUGUUGAUGAAAUUAAUUACUUGCAAGACAACGGUUUAAGUUUUAAAUUAAAUGGAGAAGAGAUUAUGAUUUACUUUGCCAUAGGGUUGUUUAUGGCUAACAACUUAGGUCUCAAUAGUGCUAUGGGUUAUGUCGAAAGUUUUAGAGGAACUUAUUUUUGCAGACUAUGCAAAGCAAAACUAAAAGACACACAUCACGAUUGCUAUGAAAGAAAGCACCUGUUACGAAAAAAAGAAGAAUACGAAGAAGAUCUUGAAAAAGGAAUGUAUCAGUCUGGAUUAAAAGAAUACUCAAUAUGGAAUGAAAUAAAAUAUUUUCAUAUUUUCGAUGACUUUUACAUGGAUGUAUUCCAUGAUUUUAACGAGGAAGGAUUAAAGUAUGAUAUGAGUCACGUUCUUUACCACUAUUUAUUUGAAAUAGACAAUCCAAUAUCUCUAGAAUUCCUAAAUACUAGGCUCCGAACAUUUAAUUAUAAAUUAAACGGCAUAUCUAACAAGCCACCACUCAUUACGAUAGAUGAAGCAAAAAAAAGCAUUUGUCGAUGUCCGGAAGUGAGAUCAACAAAUGUACAAAUCGAAUGUUGUGCAUUACUUGACAAACUUGUAGCUGAACACCAUCAACUUUACAUUAAAUUAUUUAAAGACACUCUUAAGCCGAAACAUCAUAAUAUGGUUCACUACGGCAGAAUUAUGUCUAUGUCUGGACCUAUAAGAGAAUUAAGCACGAUCAGAUGUGAAGCUAACCAUAGACAUCUUAAAGUUAGCGCAUAUGCUACGAAUUCUAGACGCAAUAUAACCCACACUCUUGCUUUAAAGGAACAACUCAAUUUUUGCUAUAGGCUCAUUAGUAAGAGGGGCUUAGUAUCCGAACUAGAAAUGGGACCAAGUUCACUUGUCAAUAAUGUUUCUGAAUUAGAAAGCAUAUAUACGACGAAUUUUCCCUAUGACUUUAACUCAUCUUGUAUUGAAGUACCGUGGAUUAAAUGGCAAGGAAUCGAAUAUAGGCGGGGUACUUGUGUCGUUCUCAGCUCAGACUUUGAUAAUGGUUUUACGUUCG